AUGGGCGCUAGAAUUGUCGUACUUAUUUCCGGAUCUGGCUCAAAUCUUCAAGCUUUGAUUGAUGCCAAAGCUAGAGGCGCUUUGUCUGGAGACAUCGUGAGAGUGAUCUCGUCAAGUAAGAAAGCAUACGGGCUUGAAAGAUCAAGCAAGCAUGGGAUUCCAACACGGGUGCACUCCCUCUAUCCGUACACAAAGGGGAUUGCAAAGGAGGACAAGAGCGGGCGCGCUGACGCUAGAAAAAACUUCGAAAUAGACCUCGCGUCUGUAGUACUAGAGGAUAAGCCAGACCUGAUAGUGUGCGCAGGCUGGCUUCUCAUCUUGGGCUCUGAAUUUCUGAAGCGUGUUAAUGGAGUGCCUAUUAUCAAUCUUCACCCAGCGUUGCCUGGCGCCUUCGACGGCACCACACACGCUAUCGAAAUGGCUUGGAAGAAGUGCCAAGAUGAGGGCGCACCUCUGAUUGCGGGCUGCAUGGUGCAUUUCGUGAUCGAAGAAGUUGACCGUGGGGAGCCAGUCGUAAUCAAAGAGUUGCAGCUGAUGCCUGGUGAGGAAUCGCUGGAAAAGUACGAAGAGAGAGUCCAUGCCGCCGAGCACGUUGCGAUAGUGGAGGCGGUUCAAAAGGUCUUGAAGGCCAACGGCGAGUCGGCAGGCACAGAGAAGCAACACUAA